UGGCCAUGAGAUAUAAAUGUUUAAAAAUUACAGAUGCUGUAUGUCUGUGUUCAAUCCUGUACGUCAUUUCGAAUACACUCUAAAGUGGACUCCCAGGCUCUCCCAGGUCUUUUUAUCAGAGGCAGCCAAGGAAAUUUAAAACCCACAAGGCGCAGGCACCAGUCAAAUAUCCUUUCUUUACGCAUUGGAGCAGACCUUCCGCAUUCGCCCUCUGGUACAUCUUCUUCAACACCGAAUAAUACUUCUUGAUCAGUAACAUACCUAUUUUGGCUUUUCCAUCGUGGACGACGAGAAACGACGACCGAGAUGAUUUACUCAGGAAUCAGUAGCUUGAUUGGCCUUCUAUUGGCAAACUCCGUUCGGAGCGACCUCAUCCAACCGCCGCCCUUCCUAGUCCAAUCAGCCGCGCUGGUCGAUAACCAGGGCCAGCCCAUCAUCCCGCCUGAUAUUUCCAACCAGGUCGCGUUCACAAACUGUCCCGCGGGCGAUUAUCCGGUGUAUGGUAACGUGGAAUCAAUGACGAUCACGCCGUGCCAGAAAGCCACUCUGGGCGAUCCUUGCACCUUCGUCAAGGGAAACAACUAUACCAUCCAGUUUAUCUUCACAACCUCGCUCAGCUCAAACCAUCCCCGGAGCUCGAUCGUCGCCACCGGCAAGGACGGCGCGUAUGCAUACUCGGGCCAGAGCUUCAACGGUUGUAAAUACGCUUCCUGUCCGGUAUUUGCUGACCGGAGAUCAGCUUACACGUAUAACUUCCAUACUUUGGCAUCCUCGUUCGACCAUCUCACCUUCAACCUUACCCAAGAUGUAGAAGGACCCAGCAUGUUUUGUGCCGGCACGCCCAUCAUCUUCCACAAGUGAUAACCCUCAAGCUCCCAAGGGUAUUUCAUCUUCUUCCCAUUCAAGCCCGUUUUGGGCGAUAGAACCUCGACUUGUUCACCCUGAAUGCCAUUCAACAUGCUCCAUAUCACAUUCUCUCUUUCCCUUUCAGACUUCCUUUACUCUCUAGCUCUUCUGACCCUCUCUGUUCCUGUAAGCUUUGUACAAACUUGACCAAAAUGCAUGUUUUUUUUUGUGAAUGAGCAAGUUCAGUUCUUUAAUUCUUUUUCCAUAAUUUAAACACUUGUCUCAUGAAAUUUCAACAAUGAUGGUUUUAUUUGGGGGUUUGGUUAAACAACUCCCAAAAACUGGAGAGCCAAUUCCCAUACCCUGGAUUCCCC